CAUGCAUGAGGUCAGACUAUAUUGGUCCAUUAUAUCCACAUAAAACAACAUGGUGGACGGUAGAUCUCGGAGGAAAUCACAGCAUUUACAGCAUCAGUAUAGAUUUCAAGGACUACAAAGACUAUGAGAAGAGACAAAGAGGCCGUUUCGCCGGAUUUUCUCUUUUUAUAUCAAACACUCCUUAUAAAGAGGACGGCCAUCUUUGUUAUAAGAACACGCUCCCAUUGCCUCCCUUGGAGUUUAAUACAACGUGUAUAGGAUAUGGUCGUUACGUCAUCUAUUACAACGAAAGACUGGACGGAGUCACUUACCCUAAAGAUUACCAAAGCCUUGUCUUUACUGAGUUAUGUGAAGUGAAAAUUGAAGGUUGUUUGAAAUCAGGAGUUUAUGGACGUAACUGUAGUUUAUCUUGUCCAAUCAAUUGCCAAGAGCAGAGGUGUAACAUUGUCAAUGGGACAUGUCUUGGUUGUGUGCCUGGAUACAUUGGGCAAAUGUGCGAAACUGAAUGUCCCUUUGGAUGGUAUGGUGACCUAUGUAAAAGACAAUGCACUGGACAUUGUAAUGGAAACAUUUCUUGUAAUCACGUGACCGGAUAUUGUGAUGGAGGAUGUGCAGCUGGAUUGAUGGGCAAGCAAUGUGACCAACAGUGUAACAUGGGAACGUACGGCUCAGGAUGUUUACAGAACUGUAAUGGGCACUGCCUAAAUAAUAUCAGUUGUAACAGAGAAACAGGGAUGUGUAAUUCCGGUUGUGACGAAGGGUACACUGGAAAUUUCUGUGAAAAGGAAUGCCCUCCAGGACGCUUUGGAAAGGAUUGUCUACAGGAAUGUAGUGGUAAAUGUUGGAAUAAUAGUGGUUGUAAUCAUGUCGACGGUGAGUGUAAAGAGGGAUGUGCUGCUGGAUACGAAGGGAAGCUGUGUAACGAUGUUUGUUCAAAUGGUUCUUUUGGUAUUCAUUGUAAUAAAACCUGCUCAAGGCAGUGUAUUGGUGUGUGCAAUCAUGUAGAUGGCAAAUGUGACUGUUUUCCUGGAUUCCAAGGAGCACCAAACUGCACAAAAGAAUGUUUCGAUGGAUUCUUCGGAAUAAAUUGUCAGCAUAAAUGCAGUGGCCACUGUCUUAACGGGGAAAUAUGUAGAAAGUUUGAUGGAGGUUGUCCUCAUGGAUGUCGGGAUCAAUAUCGUGGGCUGCUCUGUGAUUAUCAAGAUGAAACCUCAUGGAAGAUAGGAUGUUCAGUGUCUGUUGCACUUAAUAUGAUAUUUAUAUCAUCAAUUGUUGUUUAUAUCAUAAUUGAAAGAAAAACAGAAAUCUUUACGUUCAAAAAGAAUAUUCAUGACUCUGGAAAGAACUGCGAGGAAGCAAAUGUAGGGUCUACGAAUAUGAACACAAUUACAGAUAAACAAUUUUAUGAGGAAUUGAAUGCUUUAGAGAAGAGUUCUGAAUAUCAGGAACUACAAGUCGAAAGCAAAGCUGCUUAUGAGAAUUUGGCAUUUGAAAAUGCAUAA